AUGGUUAGGAACACUCCCAGAGCUAAAAGUUCUCGUUUUAAGGUCCAACAAUUUGAAGGGUCUUUUGGAUAUUCCAGGGGAGUUCACAUCUUUCCCAAGUUACACAUUUUAGACCUCUCCAACAACAGCUUUAGCGGUCCUUUGCCAACCAACUUGAUGAUGAACCUUAAAGGCAUGAUGAAUGUUGAAAAUGUGCAAGACACAACAUAUAUGACGCAAGAUUUGAGAGGGGGGACUUACGAAAAUUCAGUGGCCGUGAUGAUGAAAGGGCUAGAGGUUCAGCUAGUGAGGAUCUUGGCCUUCCUCACAAUUAUUGACUUGUCAUGCAACUCUUUCCAAGGGAAUAUCCCUGAAGUUAUUGGACAUCUUCACUCUCUCGUAGGGCUCAACCUUUCUCAUAACCAUCUUACGGGUUCCAUACCACCGACUCUAGAGAACUUGACUAAUCUUGAGUGGCUUGAUCUUUCUUCAAAUAAUUUUAGUGGGUUGAUUCCUCGAAAAUUGGGAGAUUUGGCAUUUCUUGGGUACUUAAACCUCUCAAAGAACCAACUCACCGGUCAAAUUCCACAAGACAAGCAAUUGAGCACAUUUUCAAGCAACUCAUUUGAUGGGAAUCCGGGCUUAUGUGGAACUCCAUUGCCAAAAGCAUGCCCUAGCAAUGCCCAACCUCCUCCUCCUCCUCCUGCACCAUCAUCCUUAUUAACUUUCGACCGCGAAGGGCAUGCGAGUUGGUUGAAACAGAAAACACUGUGGAUUGGCUAUGCAUCGGGAAUUGUAAUUGGGAAUUCAAUAGCAUACAUUGCAUUUGAAACAGGAAGGCCCAAAUGGCUCAUACAAGGUGUAAGGAUACUGGAGAGUAGAGCAACCGAGUGGAUAAAGAAGAUAAAGCGAAAGGCCAUCAAAUUUCAUGGACAAUGA